AUGCUGUUGCCACAGAAUUUUGGGGAUGCUUCAGCUAGGAGACCCAUAUCAGUUGGGCCGUGGGGAGGUCUGCAAGGGCUGGCUUGGGACGAUGGAUUUUACUCAACAGUGAGGCAACUGGUAAUAACACACGGAGCGGGCAUCGAUUGCAUCCAGAUUGAAUACGAUGAGAAAGGAACCUCAAUUUGGUCAGGAAGGCAUGGUGGAAAUGGAGGCGACAGAACAGACAAGAUCAAGCUUGAUUACCCGGACGAGUUCCUAACUUCAAUACAUGGACACUAUGGUGGCUUAAAUGACUGGGGACCGGUCUUUAUUCGAUCGCUUACUUUGGAGAGCAACAAGAAAACAUAUGGACCAUUUGGUAUCGAACAAGGAACCUAUUUCUCAUUCGCAAUGACUGGCAGGAUUGUUGGGUUCCAUGGAAAGAGUAAUUGGUAUCUUGAUGCGAUCGGAGCUUAUUUGAAACCGAUUGAAAAACAAUACCCCUCCAAAGCUUUGGCAAAGUAUCUUGCUAAUGGGACUGAGAAGGCUGGCUACUCUGUAAUACAAACGACUGAAGAUGAAAGCAUUGACGUAUAUCCUAUUGCAGUAAGACCAAAGGAUGAAUUCGGCAACCCUCUAAAGAAACAAGUCAGUGAUCUAGAAAAGAGUGGAGUUGGAACCAUGGGAAAGCUUAAUUCAUUUCAGAUGCCUGGUUUUGAGAAAUUAGUGCCAUUCAAAGUUGAUGGCAAUGGCGUGGUGACCUAUGGGCCGUGGGGCGGUACUGGUGGGACUAUGUUUGACGAUAGAAUGUAUACGGGCAUUAAACGAAUUAAUUUGUCCCGCAAUAUUGUUGGAAUUGUAUGGAUGAGAGUUUUGUAUGAUCGGGAUGGGGAUGCCAUUUGGGGAAGCAAACGUGGAGGCAACGGAGGGUAUAGAAAUGAAAAGUUAGUCUUCGAUUAUCCAUCAGAAAUCUUGACGCAUAUAGUUGGCUUCUAUGGUCCCAUAAUGUACAUGGGGCCUAAUGUUAUAAAGUCCCUCACUUUCUAUACAAAUAAGACAAAGUAUGGGCCAUAUGGAGAAGAACAAGGAGCCAGUUUCACCACCAAACUGAAGGAGGGAAAGAUUGUCGGAAUCCAUGGAAGAGAGGGUUUAUUCAUAGAUGCACUGGGUGUACAUGUUAUAGAAGGGAAAGUAAUGCCUUCGAAUCCUUCUCCUUCCAAUGCAAUCAAGUCUGCUAACGAACCCCCCAUUGCAGAGAUUGCUGGUGGUGUUAUAAAAGAACCAGCUCCAUGUGGACCAGGUCCAUGGGGCGGGGAUGGAGGAAGACCAUGGGAUGAUGGAGUUUUUUCUGGGAUCAAGCAGAUAUAUUUGACAAGAUCAUCAGAAGCCAUUUGCUCGAUUCAAAUUGAGUAUGACAGAAAUGGACAAUCUAUUUGGUCCAUUAAGCAUGGGGGUAACGGAGGAACCUCCACACAUAGGCUGCAAUUGGAGUACCCGCAUGAAGUGCUGACUUGCGUAUCAGGGUAUUAUGGUUGCAUCAGUAGAGAGGAGAGGCCUAAAGUGGUAAGGUCACUGACAUUGUACACGAGUCGAGGUAGGUACGGUCCGUAUGGGGAGGAAGUAGGGACAUAUUUCACGUCAACCACGACAGAAGGCAAGGUGGUCGGUUUCCAUGGGAGGAGUAGCUCCUACUUGGAUGCCAUUGGAGUCCAUAUGCAACACUGGCUCGGAAGUCAGAAACCUACAGGAAAGUCUUCUCUUUUCAAGUUGAUCGAUUCUUUGUUCUGAAAUAUAAUACUUUUUUAAUCAUAAUGAUAAUAAUUCCUAACAUAUUAUUAAACCAUGUCUGAUAUACAUAUAUGCUUCUAUCAGUCUAUGUCUAAUGUAUUGUGCUCCCAACUCCAAGGUCAAUAAAAUUGUGUGUUUGAUC